AUGAAGUGGUCCGCAGUCACCGCUGGUGUUAUUGGCCUUGCUGGGUCUGCUCUCGCCCAGGUGGACUCGAGUCCAUUCAUCGACGCUGACACUGGAAUAACCUUUCAGUCUUACACAAGCACGGACGGUAUUACUUACCGACUGGCUCUUCCGGCAGAGGCAACCGGCGAUGCUGGCUAUGAUGUGAUCCUCCAGGUCGUGGCGCCAGUGGAGUUAGGCUGGGCCGGAUGGGCAUGGGGCGGUGCUAUGACAUACAACCCCCUAACUCUCGUAUGGCACGACGGAGACAGUGUUCAAUUUUCCUCCCGCCAAGCUACGGGAUACUAUUUACCUGGUGCAUACGAGGAUGCUAAGUACACGGUCCUUAAGGGCACUGGAGUCAACGAGACGCACUUCAAAUUCACGGCACUUUGCACAGGUUGUGCUAGCUGGACCGACUUUGACGGGAACCCAUACAUCCUCAACGGUGCCGCAGACACCAACUUCGCCUAUGCCUUCUCGGCGACCGCAGUCGAGGAGCCGGCAAACUCUGAGACGGGCUUCAGCAUUCACGACAACGUGGGACGAUGGAUUCACGACCUAGGUGGCGCUCGAUCUGACAAGUUUAAGGAGUGGGUGACGACCAACACCGUUGCGUAG